CAGCGGCAAAAUAUCAGCCGAGGGCCUCCGCGAAUGGCGCCGUGGCCCAAGCGUGUCUCCUGCCUCCUGCGGCGGCCGCCCCAUUGACGGAUGCAUUAUCGGAACUUUGCUUGAGCUCAGCAAAAACGACAAUGUGAAGCAGAAGGUUGCUCCUUUCGCCGCCUCGCUGUUGGGUUCCAGCGGCGAGGCGGCAAGCAGCGCUAUGGGUGCAGUCUUUUUUCACGGGCUUGGCGAUGUUCUACCGGCCUUACUCGCAUCAUUCGUGCUGUAUUGCGUGGCCGUCGUUGUCGGUGCGUUUGCCUGCUUGGCCGGCCUGUUGUACUACAUUAAACACAAGCAACGCGAGACGAUGGUCUACAUGAAGAAGUUUCCCGGGCUAACGGAGCCCAUCCCCAUGCUGACCACAUGGUCGAUACAUCGGACCCUUUCCAAAGAGGCGCAUCGUUUGGACGUCGGAACGCAUUUGUUCCAGCUGUCCGUCGGAUUUUCUCGAAUGUACCAGAAACAUGGCAUGCUUCACUUUUAUGACGCCACUAAGCCCACUCUAGUAGUGUUCAAAGCUGGUCCUAUUGAGGAACUUUUGACAAGUAAUACAAUACUUAAGAAAGGUCAUGAAUACGACCUAUUAGGGCCAUGGCUUGGAACUGGUGUUCUUACAAGUUCAGGAUCAAAGUGGCGCUCUCGGCGGAAACUUCUGACGCCUGCGUUCCAUUUUCGAAUCCUGGAGGACUUUAUGCCUGCCGUCAAUGAACAGUCCAAAGUUUUGGUACACAAACUUGGCCAGCUUGGAAAAGAUCGUUCCUGCGACAUCGUUCCACUAGUAACCCUUUGUGCUUUAGACAUUAUAUGCGAUACAAUAAUGGGCUACACCAUCAAUGCUCAAAGUAACCAGCAUUCGGAUUAUGUUCAAGCCAUCCAAGUGCUUGGUCACAGCUUCACACGGCGCAUAGAGUCACCGUUAUACUGGAUAGACGCGAUAUUCCGUCUUUCGAAGCCUGGUAAGCUGUUCCAUCAGAAAAUUGGAGAACUUCAUCAAUUUACUCUGAAGGUUAUCCGUGAGCGAAAGGAAGAGCUUCUGUCGUGUCCUGAACUACAAGAGUCCCUCGAGGAAACAUCUCUGGAAAGUGACACCUACGGCGUGAAAGGAAAAACCAGGAAACCAUUCCUCGAUAUCCUCCUCCGAGAACACAUCAAGGACCCUGAAAACUUUACCGAAGAAGAUGUUCGAGAAGAAGUGGACACUUUUAUGUUUGAGGGUCACGACACAACAGCCAUGGGAAUGAGCUGGGCUCUGUAUCUCUUUGGUCUGUACUCGGAGCACCAGGAACUCAUGCACCAAGAGCUAGACACCAUAUUUGGCGCCAACCAGACCCGGCCUAUCACUUGGGAAGACUUGAAACAAAUGAAAUACAUGGAAUGCUGCCUAAAGGAGUCCCAGCGAUUGUAUCCAUCAGUUCCAUAUAUCACUAGAACAUGCGAGCAAGACGUCAUGAUCGGGGAAGAGGAUAUCUUCCUGUCGGGAACAUGGGAGCCCCAGGCGGUGGAACUCUUGCAGAAGUCGACCGCGGUGCUGCAGGUGAGCUGGGCAGGCCAGCAAGAGGUGCUCCAGAGUUUCUGGUUCACCACAGGAGGCACAGGCUGGCGAGGUGGCUUUCCCAAGGCGGUGCCGGCGGGCUGCCGUCCAGUAGCAGCCAACUCACAGUCGGAGCAGCAACGAGGCAUCCCUUCGUAGGAGGCCGUGCUGUGGAAGAGGCUAACAGACUUCAUAACACUCCGUCUGCCAUUACCAUCUCAAUGCCAACUGUAAUAAAUCGCUUUAUGGUUUAAAUUUAAGCGCAACUUGAAGACAAUGUGCCCUCUACCGGGAGGGUGCAAAACGAUUUCCUCCUGUCGUGGGACUUCACCGCCUCUCUCUGACCUGCUUUAACUGCUUUAACGCACCACCAAUGUUCCGACUAAGUGCCAGAAUGCACACGUUGUUAGAAGGGACUACCCUCUUGUUGUAGUCAGUUGAAACUUUUUGACCCUCGGCCGAUAUGCUGAGAUAUCAUCUUGAAAAAUAAAUUCCUAUUGAAUUA